AUGAAUGAGAAAAAGAAAUCUGUAUUUUUUGACAAGAGGGAUGAAAAUUAUAUAAAUCUUUCUUCACCAAUUUACUUUUUAGAGAUGUUCACAAAAAAAAAGAUUAAGUGUGAUAUUAUAAUACCUUAAACAAUAAUUGUUUCAAAAGGUACAGCAACAUUAUGGAUAUUUAAUUCAAAAGCAUCCCCAACUCCACUUAUAUUAAAAAAAAACUCAAAUAAAUUGAAUUUUGUAGAAAUAUGCAGAGUAUUAUGUAGAGUGAAACAAAAUGAAGAUUUUCGAAUUGACACUCUUACAACUCUUUUAGAUAUUAUUAAAGCUGGUAAGAAUGAGAUUACAGCUUUUGCAAGAAUAAGUAAAACAAAAAAAUCAAUUACUAAAAUUGAUUUAGUAAAAAUGUUUUUAGAUGGAAAUGUCAGUGGUUUAUAAAUUUUAUAAGAGCAUUUAGAGAAUUCAUCAAAAGCUGGUAUAAUCAAUCUAAUAAGUUAGAUGAAUUAUUUUAUGUCGAAUAUCGACAGGAUGUUAUUAAUUUACCUGUCAGUUAUAGAUUUUUUAAAAAGUCAACCUAAAAAUAAAUAAUUUAACAACCUUUGCCAAAAAAAUUAUCAUAAUUACAUAUAUAAUAAUAAACAUAGCAUUCUGAUAGUUAUGAUGAGAGUAAUAAAAAUGAUUAAGUUGAAUAUGUAGAUUGCAUGUUUAAAUUCUUUGAUAAUUAAAUGAAUUAAACUUUGUCUAAAGUAAAUUAACAAUUAGUAACAUUUAGAUUAUUAAAAAAUUAGUAGAUUUUUUAGAAAAAGCAUAUAGAAUUAGAGUUAAGAAAUUAGUUGCUAAAUUUAUGCAAAACGAUUAAUAACUAAUUUAUUUUCUAGGUUUAAAAGAACUUUUGGUUGAUUUUCAUGAGAAUGCACCAUAUGAGAUUUAAAGCAUGAAAAAUGAAUUAAAAGACAAUAAUUCUUUUGAAAAUUUUUUAAUCUUAAUAAAGAUGUUUACAAGAAUAAGAGACAAAAAACCUAUGAAAAUCCCUUAAACUAUUUAUGAGGAUGAUAAAGAAAUCAGUCAAAAAUUAUAUAAAAAUUUAAUAGUAUAAAGAUGUGUUGGUGAUUUUUGUGAUUAUAUAAUGGAAGAAAAAAAUAGAGGCCCUCUUUAAAUACGCAAAAAUAUUGUGACAGAUUACAGAAAGUUUUUUGGAAAUAAAAAAAUGAAUGAAGAGAAAUUUUCAGUUACAUUACCACAUGAAAUCUCAUUUUAAUUAAUUCUUAGAACUAGAGAAUGUUCAUAAGAAGUUAUUGAAGUACUGAUGAAAAAUAAAAUAUUCACUAGAAAUUCUAAACAUCAUUUUUAAGAAUUUGAUAAAAUAAAUACUGAUGAAGAAUAUCCAUUUAAAUUUAAUAAAACAGAAGUUUAUAAUUUACCAAAUCUUUAUAAAACUGUUAAAAUUUGUAAAAACUGUUUUGUUGUUUAUUCUUUAGCUAGUAAAUAUUUUGAUUAGAGAUUAUCAAAUGAUUUAUAAUAAAAACAAUGGUUUAAAAGAGAUUCAUCUUCUUUAGCUUAAUAACCAACAAGUAUGAAUACAUCUCAUUAAUAAUUAUCAUAAUUAGAAAAAUCUAACAUAAAAAGAAAUGAUUCAAGAAUAAGAUAAAACUAAAAUUAAUCAUUAUAAAAAAUUAAAACUUAAACAUCAAAUAAUGCUGAAAAAGAAUAAAAUGAAAAUAGAGUUAGAAAAAUAUAAAGUGCAAAAUAAUUUAGAGUUAUUCAAUCUGCUAAUUCAUAGGCUCCAAAAACAUUUAAACUAUUUAUGCCUAACUAAUAACAAUAAUUAGAAAAUACAAAAAUAAAUUCCUAAAGUUCUAAAACAAAUAACAUAGAUAUAAAUAGAUUGACUAUGGGAUUUCUUAAUUACACAAAACCUCCUAAACCAAAUAAAAUUUAAUCUGCUAAAAUGACUACAGGAGGACUUUAAUCUUAGAGAAGUUAAAUGGAAUCUCAGCAUUUAAAGAGAUCUGAUAGUUAAUCAAAUUAAUUUUAAAGAAAUAGAAUUAAUAAAAGUUAAAGAUAAAUAAAUUCAAAUAAAAUAUCCUUUUUUUAAGGUAAAUUAAGAGUAAUUGAAGUUCCUUAAAUUCAAUAUACUUUAUUAGAUGUUUGUUAACUUCAUGAUUUAGAAUACCCUCCUGAAAGUGUUCCAGAUAUCUAUUUAGAAUCUGUUAAUUACUUUUGUUUUUAAUAAUGUGCUAUUCCAUAUUUAAUUAUAUAAAAUUAAGAGGAAGUUUAAGAACUUAAUAAAGAUAAUCAAAGUGGUUUAGAUUUAACUGAAAAAGAUCAUUAAAUCGUGAUAUUUUUAGCAGACUUUUUUGAUAAUUCAUUUGAAUAUUUAGAUGUAAUGCAAUAAAACAUCAAACCUAAUACAACAAUUUUAUUAAUGAAUUUACCAGGUAAAAGUUAAUUUGUCAUUUUAGGGUAGGCUUACACAGUUUUUGAUCAAAAUACUAUUUAAGAUAAUUUAGAUAUUUGUUUAUUAUUAGAUUCCUUACUUUUUGAGCUUUGUGAAAAAGAUAUAAUCAAAAAUAAUGAUAUUUAUAAAUUUAUUGGAUAUGGAUAUGGUGGUUUUUAAGUCUUAAGUUACAGUAAGAAAUAUUUCAUAUUAAAGUGACUCACAUUUAGAAUAAUUUACCAAAAAUUGGAGGACUUCUCAUAAUUAAUGGAUUUUGUGAAAUAGAUGAUAUGUUAACAGAUACUUUGAAAAAAUCAAAAGAAGUAUUUUAAACUUGCCCAAAUGAUAUGCCAGAAUUAGGAUUUCAUUUCUGGAAUUCUCUUAUUUAAUCCCAUGAAGAAAAAUAAGAUCCUAGAUAUAAUCCAAUAUCAUUGAAUGGAAGAUUACAUAUAAUAAACGGUAUUUAUUAAUGAAAAUUUUAGGUUUGAUGAAAUCACAAAAUGUUUGGAAUUCUUGUGUUAUGGAAAUUCCAAUAAAACUUUAUCAUGGAUUGAAAGAUUGUGUUGUUAAUAUUAAGCAAGCUCAUUUGAUUAAAAAUUGUUCUUCUUCUUGUAAUUCAUGUGAAAUGAAUUUAAUUAAUUUUGGGCAUAAACUUUAAAACUUAGAAGAACUCUUGUUUGAAUUCCUAUGA